AUGCAUCACCUUCCUCUCUUGCCACUGCUCUUGCUCCUGUGCUCCAGAGCUGAGGCUGGGGAGAUCAUCGGGGGCACUGAGUGCAAGCCGCACUCCCGCCCCUAUAUGGCAUACCUGGAAAUUGCCAGUCGCCAUGGUUUCCUGCUAUCUUGCGGUGGUUUUCUGAUAAGACGGGACUUUGUGCUCACAGCUGCUCACUGUGCAGGAAGGUCUAUAAAGGUCACCCUUGGAGCACAUAACAUAGAAGAGAAAGAAGACACGUGGCAGGAGCUGGAGGUUAUAAAGCAAUUCCCUCAUCCAAAAUAUGACGACUCUCUUUUGCACAAUGACAUCAUGUUACUGAAGUUGAAGGAGAAAGCCAACUUGACCCUAGCCGUGGGCCCACUCCCCCUCCCACCCCAGUUCUACUUUGUCCCACCUGGGAGAAUGUGCCGGGUGGUUGGCUGGGGAAGAACGGGUGUCAUAAAGCCGGGCUCAGACACUCUGCAAGAGGUGAAGCAGAGACUCAUGGAUCCCUGGGCCUGCAGCCACUACAGCGACUUCAAGCACAAACUCCAGCUGUGCGUGGGCAAUCCCAAGAAGAUUAACUCCGCGUAUAAGGGAGACUCUGGGGGCCCUCUUCUGUGUGCUGGGGUGGCCCAGGGCAUUGUGUCCUAUGGACGGCAUAACGCCCAGCCCCCUGCUGUCUUCACCCGGAUCUCUCCCUACCGGCCCUGGAUCAACAAGAUCCUGAAGUCAAAUUAACCCUGGAGCCUGGGCCAGUAAGAGAGGCUAUCUGGAGUUGGACCCAAGC